GAGUCGUAUCGCCUUUUCUCGGGUGUGACUUGUCAUGGGACCUCAUCUGUCUCUCUCUGGCCGCUGGUAGACCCGUAGAGCUUCGGUCUUUUAAAGUUUUGGGGGGCAGUCCGUUACCAAAUAUCCCGCCUAGCCAUGGGACUUCUCGCCAAUGCCCAAUACACCGUCUACAGCAUAACCAGCUUCAUCGUACUGUGCAUCGGUGUCUUCUACAUACUAUCUGGCAAGGGACAGCGAAUUGAUUUCGGAUGGUUCCUGGAGGGCAUCUCCCCGUACAUGUGGUGCUGUCUCGGCAUCGGCCUCUCCAUCUCCCUCUCCGUCGUGGGCGCCGCCAGCGGCAUCUUCACGACGGGGGUGAGCAUCGUUGGGGGUGGGGUGAAGGCUCCCCGCAUCCGCACCAAGAACCUGGUGUCAAUCAUCUUCUGCGAGGCGGUGGCCAUCUACGGCAUCAUCAUGGCCAUCGUGCUGCAGGGGCAGAUCAACCGCUUCAAUGACGACUCUAUGGACUACAAGAGCCGGGCACUAAACUACAUGUCAGGCUACAUCAUGUUUGGGGCGGGACUGACGGUGGGGCUGGGCAACCUGUUCUGCGGCAUGUCGGUGGGCAUCGUGGGCUCGGGGGCGGCCCUGGCAGACGCGGCCAACCCGGCCCUCUUCGUCAAGCUGCUCAUCGUUGAAAUCUUCGCCAGCGCCAUCGGGCUCUUCGGACUCAUCGUGGCCGUCAUCAUGUCGUCCAAGAUCAGCAUGGGUGAUUCGAUCAAGGCCUAGCAACAGCCCAGUAUGUGCCCGGCCUUCACGCGGACCCCAGAGCCCACGGUGGAGGAGAAUCCACGCCCUUCGCCCUAGUCUGUGCUGUCAGUGUUGUAUGUGUGGCAACUGUGCAAAAUGUGCACCCAUCCCGACGAUUCGCACAUUCCUUGGUCCGACGUGUGUCUGCGUGGGGUACACGUGCGAGAAUACUGCCACAAACGUUUGGGUACCUUUUUUGAUCCCUUAGGGGUCUUUCGUCUGUUAGUCUGCGGGAUAGCGCUGUGAAAGACGGUGUUACGAUUUUAGUUGCGGGGGUAUGCUUUGGUCGGAGAUGUUUGCGCUCGGUUGAAUUCCCCGUUUCAGAUUUGCCGAAAUUGGUUUUGUGGGGUUCAGCACCACGAUUUGUCACAAAGGUGUAGCUAAGUGGUGCGCUUGUUUUGUGAUGAAAGUGUGCGACGAAAACCUGCCUCGUUGAAAAGUAAUGUUUUGAAAGUAUUCUUUUCCUUUGAGGAGCUGCCUUUGCUUUCUGCCCAAGGUAAGAGACUCCUAUGGUCUCUUAUCUCCAGUUAACAAACACAAGAAUGAAGUAAGAGAUUUAAUUACUUUGUUCUCUUUCCUUGUUUUGUGAAAUCAAACUGCUCAAGGCCCACUGCAAUAUUUUUUUUUCAAUUUGAUGUGAAUUAGGCAUAAUCCAUUGGAAAAGGGCUUCAUUCUUUGCUCUUUCGACCGAAGUAAGACUUGCCCCGGACAUUCUCACAAAACAGAGUCCGAUCUAGCUGCACCCUGUGAAACCAAUUUCUUUGAUUUACCUCGAGUAGGUUUUGAUCUAUCAGCCCAUGCCAUAGAAUGAUUCUUCUAUUAUUGAAUGAGUGGAUGUUCUUCCGAAGCGACUCUCAUGUUUGCUCACUUAACCUAGAGGAAACUGAGUGGAGGUGUAACUGUAGGGACAGUUGUAUGCAGCAGCUGUUGAGUGGCUGCAAGUUGUUGUUCCCUUGUCUGGCAAUGACAUUUGCAGACUAAUUUAUUUGUACAUAAAUGUGCCACUUUUCUGUUCCCGUGUAGCCCGAUUCAUGGAAUAAAGUUGUAAUGAAUGUUAA